AUGGUCUUCCUCGACGUUUGUCGCGCUCUCUACGACUACGCCCCGCAAUCCGACGAAGAACUCGAGAUCAAGGAAGGCGACUUGCUUUUCGUGCUCGAGAAGAGCGCCGAUGACGAUUGGUGGAAGUGUAAGAAGAAGGCCACAAGUGAUGAGGAUGACGAGCCGGAGGGACUGGUGCCCAAUAACUAUGUGGAGAAAGCGCAGCCUGCCUUUCAAGCCAAGGCAUUGUAUGAUUACAGCAAGCAGACGGACGAAGAGCUGAGCUUCCGCGAAGAGGCGAGGCUGCAGGUAUACGAUGACACCGAUCCGGACUGGACGUUGGUAGGGUUGAAUGGCGAGUAUGGCUUCGCGCCAGCCAUCUAUAUUGAGAAGGCGAGCGGGAAUGGUGCGGCGGCGGCGAGUGCUCCAUCCGCCCCAGCAGCAGCUCGCGUUCUCUCCCCACCACCAAUGCAGCGAGACCUUGCGCCGCCACCUAUGCCUUCAAGAUCGACGGCUGUAGAUGAACCUAUACCGGGCGAAGCGGACUAUCCCGACCCCGGACUAGGACCGACACCGUCGCCCGAACCGGCUACCAACAACCCAGCGGCGGCUUUGGCAGGCAUCAUUGCGCAAAGGACUGGCGGUGCCAGCAUUGAGCGUGAGGUGGCGUCUCCACCCCUACCCUCAAGGCCACAGUACACCCCCGAAGAAAGCGAAGAAGAUGAUGCUCCGCCACCUAUGCCUCGACGUCCUCAAUCACAACACUUAUCAUCGCCUCCACCAACGCAAUACGCUUCCUCACGAUCUUUCGAACCAGCUGGUGUCCAACCGUCGCCGCCAUAUAACCGCCAAGUAUCCAGCUCUACAUAUUCCCCUGCAGGCUUCACUCCUGCGGAAGACGAGUUUGACGACACCAAUCUCCGAAGUCCCGGAGGUUUCCGCCUUUACAACAUCCACGAGAUGGUGUCCCACAUGGGUAAGAACAAGAAGAUGCCAACCACCCUGGGUCUCAACCUUGCGAAAGGCAUCAUAAUGAUCAGUCCUGAGAAGACUCGAGACGGACCGAGCCAGGAGUGGACUGCUGAGAAGCUUACACAUUACUCGAUCGAGGGCAAACAUGUGUUCGUGGAACUAGUGCGGCCUAGCAAGAGCAUCGACUUUCACGCAGGUGCGAAAGAUACAGCGAAAGAGAUCGUGCAGUUGCUUGGUGAGCUCGCAGGUGCGUCGAGAGCUGAAGGAUUUAGAGAGAUACUGGACGCUGCAACGAAAGGCACCGGGGCAGAAGGAUGGAAAAAGGGAAAGAUGCUGUACGAAUUCAUGGCGCAAGGCGAAGACGAAGUCAGCGUGGCGGUAGACGAUGAGGUGAUUGUGUUGGACGACACGAAGAGUGAGGAGUGGUGGAUGGUGCGACGCUUGCGGAACGGAAAGGAAGGCGUGGUACCCGCCAGCUACGUCGAGAUCACCGGCACCGUCCCAAGAGGUUCGGAAGCGGUGACGGGCCUGAAUGCAGCACGCAGUACAAUCGAGCAGAAUCGCAUGGAGGAAGAGCGGCUCGCAAAGCAGGCAGCCAAGAACGGCACGAGUCGUGACUCCACCGGUGGCAUACCCGAGCGAGGCUCCUCUCGCGCUCAUCGAAGCUCAGAUUCUAACCACGCUACCAAGGACCAAUCAUCUUCACGAAGCAAACCCAACCCAGCCCGCGUUCGCACCUGGACUGACCGCUCCGGAACCUUCAAAGUUGAAGCCGAGUUCAUCGGCCUUCGUGAAGGCAAGAUCCACCUGCACAAGAUGAACGGCGUCAAGAUUGCUGUCGCGGUCGCGAAAAUGUCGAUCGAAGAUAUCGAAUAUACUGAGAAAGCAACUGGCGUUAGUCUAGACGACGAUAAGCCACUAUCGGAGAUCAAGCGCCAGUCCACUAUCAAGAAGAAGGAUGCUGAAUCUGCUGCGCCGCAUACUAAUGGUUCUGCUGGAGCUAGCGUGCAGAGACCAGCGAGUAGCGGUGAUACUGCAGCGGAGAGGAAGAAGAGGGGCGAGGAUGAAGAUUACUGGUUUGACUUCUUCCUGCAAUGUGGCGUCAAUUAUCAGAUCUGUGGGAGGUACGCGAGCGCGUUCAGUCGUGACCAGAUGACUCCGGAGAUCCUGCCGGAAGUCAACGAGCAACUUCUGCGCACGCUGGGAUUGAAAGAAGGCGACAUUUUACGCGUUAUGAAGUUCCUUGAUGCCAAGUACGGUCGGACAAGUACGAAGAGCGGUGGCGCGCCCGCGUCUCCAACUGUGCACCCGGACGAUGAAAUUCGCCCUGUCAAUGGAGCUGCGACUGGCGGCAGCGGUGGUCUGUUCUCGGGCCCCGGAGGCGCGUUGAGGAACAACACGAGGAAAGGUAGACCUGCACCAGCAGUGCAGACGAAUGAUACGAUCGAUGAGGCAGCUUUCAAGCAGGGUGAAGCACCGGCGAGAAGAGAAGCUCCUGCUGAUGCGAGGGCUACGCCUCUUACUAGUGCACCGGAGCGGCAGGCCGCAGGCGGGUUUGACGAUGACGCUUGGGAUGUCAAGCCUGCAAGGACGGCACCGGCGCCGGUGCAAGAGACGCCAAAGCCUGCGGAGCCACCACGGCCACAAGCGCAGACCCCGAAGCUGAAUGAUGAUCUGUCGUUGUUGGCAAUGCCAUUGCAGCCUACAGCUGCCCCAGCACCAGCACCGCAACCAGCACCAGCACAAGCUGAAGUCUCUGUACAACCACAACAGACGGCACAGCAGCAACCACCACUAGCGGACCAAGCGCUGUUCGACAAGAUCGCCGCGCUCGCACCGCCGAGGCAACGGCCUCAGCCACCCGCUACCAUGCAACAGCCUACGCCUACAGGCCUAGCUCCUCCUCCUAGGGCAGCGAGUGCGCCAGGCUUCAACCCGCAGCAGCAGUUCGGCCCGCCGCCUCUGCAGCCGCAGCUCACAGGCUACCCGCAACAGCAGCAGCUGAGCUACCAGCAGACGGGCUUCCAGCCGCAACCACUCUAUCAGCAGCCCACCGGCUUCGCUCAGCAGAGACCGCAAACUAACGGCAUUCAAGCCAUGCAGCAGAACUUCCCCGCCCUACAGCCGCAACCAACGGGUAUGGCGUUCCAGCCGCAAAGUCAGUUCGGACAAGCACAGGCGAUGCAACAGUAUCCGCAACAGACCGGCUAUAUGCAAGCACAGCAGCCUGGCUUCGCUCAGCCAAGCUACCAGCAAGCUCUGGUUAACGGGCAGCAGACGGGUAGUCCAUUUGCUGAUCCACCACGGCAACCUUUCCAGCCUGUACCUUCCGGAUUGUCGAACAGCUUCGUGCCGCAGCAGACGGGGUUCCAACCUCAGCAGACCGGCUACCUACCGCAACAGACCGGCUUCCAGCAACAACAACCAGGCUUCCAACCCCAGCAGACCGGCUUUCCACCGCAGCAGACCGGCUUCCCACAGCAGCCCAUGGCCUUUCCACAACAGCAGCAGCAGCAACCCUCCUUCAAUUUGUCACAACCCACAGGAUUCCCGAGCGGGUUCCCACAACAAGCUCCGCCACCGCAACUACCGCCUCAACAAACGGGCGGCGUGUUCGGUCCGAGUCAGCCCGUCACACCACUUGUGCCGCAGAAGACUGGCCCUGCACCACCGGUCAGGUUCGGGACUCCCGUAGCGAAUCCGUUGAUGCCGCAGCCAACGGGGCGGGCGAAUUUGGCUAAAGCUACACCGCAGAACCCCUUUGGCUUUUGA